AUGGAAUAUACGCCUGCGCCUGCAAUACAUCGUGUAUUAUGCGCCGAUUGCGGUAUACCGAUCGAACCCAAUUCUGCUAAUCUUUGUGUGGGCUGCCUCCGGAAUUCAAUCGAUGUAACGGAAGGAAUCCCAAAGCAAUCAUCCAUCUCGUUCUGCCGAAACUGCGAGCGUUUCCUGUCACCGCCGUCAUCAUGGAUGGCUGCACGGCCGGAAUCCGCUGAGCUACUAUCAAUGUGUCUCAAAAAGCUCAAGGGUCUAAACAAAGUGCGCCUGACGGAUGCCCAUUUCAUAUGGACAGAGCCGCAUUCCAAGCGACUAAGGGUGUCUAUGACGAUCCAGAAGGAGGUCCUGAUAAACACCAUCCUAGAACAGACAUUCGAAGUAGAAUACCUCGUCCAACACGGACAAUGUCCGGACUGCGCUCGCCUCGCCGCCAAAAAUACAUGGAAAGCCCUCGUCCAAGUCCGCCAAAAAGUCCCCCAUAAACGAACGUUUCUAUUCCUCGAGCAACUGAUCCUCAAGCACGGCGCGCAGAAGGACACAAUCUCGGUGAAGGAAGUCCGUGAUGGGCUGGACUUCUUCUACAGCCAGCGGAAUCAUGCGAUCAGAAUGGUAGAUUUCCUGACUAGCGUCGUUCCAUUACGAUCAAAAGCUUCCGAGCAGCUGCUAUCCUCGGAUACCCACUCUAGCACCGCCAACUUCAAAUACACAUACUCAGUGGAAAUCGCCCCGAUCUGCAAAGACGAUCUUACCGUCCUUCCUCCAAAACUCGCCAAGCAGCUGUCCAACAUCUCGCCCCUGACCAUCUGCACCCGCAUAAACAACACCAUCCAACUCCUCGACCCCGCCACGCUCCAAUCCGUCGAGAUAAAUCCGGCCGUCUAUUGGCGGACGCCGUUUGACAGCUUGGGAACUGUGGUGGAUUUGGUGGAAUUUACGGUUUUAGAUGUCGAGCCUGACUUUGCGAGGACGAGGGGCAAGUGGGUGCUAGCCGAUGCGCAGGUGGCGCUUGCUGGCGCGUUUAGGUCGACCGGGGGUGACAAGGACGGAAUGAUGGACGAGGAUACAUACGAUUCGAACAACGGGGUAUCAAAUCAGAUAUACCAUACCCGCACUCACUUGGGGGCUAUUCUCCAACCGGGCGACACCGUCCUCGGUUUCCAUCUCACCAACUCGAAUUUCAAUUCCGACGACUUCGCCUCCCUGCCGUCCUCGCGGAUACCUGACGUGAUACUGGUGAGGAAAACGUACCCCAACCGUCGCAAGAAGAACAAGCCCCGUAACUGGAAGCUGCGGUCCAUCGGGAAGGAGGAGGGUGAGGAAGGGGAGACUGGGGGUGGGAAGGGUGUUGUUGGACGUAUGGGCGGUCGCGAUCAGAAGAAGGUUAACGAGGACUACGAACUGUUCUUGCGGGAUCUGGAGGAAGAUAAGGAGAUGCGAAGUGCGGUCAAUCUGUAUAAGGCGGAUGUUAAGAUGCGGGCUGCUACCGAGGCUAGCAAGAAGGGGAAACAGUUCGCGAUGGAGGUUGACGAGACUGUCCCCGCACCUGUGCCUGAAGUAACAGCCGAAGAAGAGGAAGAGGAAGAGCCCGACUUCCCGGAAGUCAAGUUGAAUGAGUUAUUGGAAGACUUUGACGAGAUGACGCUGAACGACCCCAAAGAAGAAGACGCGGGAACUUAG